CAACACGUCGACUUUAUCUCCUCGGCGGUUUUCCCCUUCGCUUAAAUUCAGCCCGACUUGUCAGCGGAGUUAAAGCCGGUGAACACGGAGUUUCUGUAGGGAGCAACAUGCGCUCCUUAACGGGACUAGCUGCCAUUGUCGGGACAGCAAGUGUCUACCUCUACCUGCUGUCCACGCAUCUUCCCCCGGGACCGAAGCCGCUCCAGCCGGGCACCGAGGGAGAGGACGAGGAGGUCCAGGAGUACAGGGUGAAGUUCCCGUCUGACCUGGAUGACCUACGGGAGCUCGCAGACAUGCUCAGAUUUUACAAAAGACAACAUUACGGCUACGUUCUGCUGCUCUUCUGUAGCGCUUACCUGUAUAAGCAGUCUUUUGCCAUACCUGGCUCCUCCUUUCUGAACAUGUUAGCCGGUGCAAUAUUCGGGCCCUGGGAGGGUCUGGUGUUGGCCUGCAUGCUCGCCACCACAGGCUCCACAUUCUGCUUCCUGCUAUCUGCAGCAUUUGGAAAGCAGUAUGUGGUGUACCUCUUCCCUGAGAAGGUGGCCCUGCUGCAGAGGAAGGUUGAGGAAAACCGUAGCAGUCUGUUCUUCUUCCUCCUUUUCCUUCGUUUCUUCCCUAUGACUCCUAACUGGUUCCUUAACAUCACCUGUCCUGUCCUCAACAUACCGAUUCCUAUUUUCUUUUUCUCUGUGUUCAUAGGUUUGAUCCCCUACAACUUCAUAUGUGUUCGUACGGGAUCCAUCCUCUCAGAGAUCUCCUCCCUGGAUGACAUAUUUUCCUGGGGGACGCUGGCUCAGCUCCUCACCAUCGCCCUCGUGGCUCUCGUGCCCGGAGCGCUGAUCAAACACUACAGCAAAGGUCACCUUAAGGUGGAUGGCAUAGACAGCAAUGGAAUCAGCCAGACCGAUAUGACGCAGGAACGGAAGAGACGGUGACUGUGUGGUAGAAGAAGACCUAAAUGGAACUGAGGUGGGGAGAAACUGACCGCCGAUUGGCAUGUGACCUUUUGUUGACUCCAGAUUUCUAUAAGGUCACACCAGAGGGUUAUCAUACUUACAGUAUGAUCUGUCCUGAAUUUGUCUUCUGAUCAUGUUACACCAAGUUUUAAUACUGCAGUUUCCCCAAAGGUUUUGAUGGGCCUAGAAAGUUCUUAGGCUCCUUGGAAAAAUAUGUGCCUUAAAGGUCACCAAAGUUAAAUGGAUGUUUCAGGAAAGGCUGAAGAGUUCUCAUUGUAGUGAAACGUUUUGGUCAGUGCAAUACGGCAGCAGCCUUUAAAUUAAUUAAAUGCCCUAAUAUGAUGGCUUCAUCAUUUAAAUAAAUAGGCUGGAAUAACGUGCACCUAAUGACAGAUUUCACUAUCUGCAGAUUAUUGUCAGAUUAUUGUCUUAAUUGAUCUGUUGACAGUGCUGAUGUGACAGUGACUGUCGUACUGUGAGUUUCCAUUUCUGAGCCAAAUGAAGGGUUUCUGCUCUGCGACAUGUCUGUGAUCUGUCAAACAUUAUUUGAUUGAAUUUAGUGCCUUAAAAUUCUCCUUUACUCAGUGACUCGUUCAGCAGUCACUGAAACCUAAUGGAGAAAACGUAGCAUAUUUGGACCUGAAAAUGUUGUGAGAAUGCGUGUCUCUGUUUCCUAAAGUCUUAAUGUAGCUGUUUUUCACAUGAGAGGGGGUCCCAACAAAGGAAAUAACCAAAUCAUUUAAAGCAACAACACACUGUUAUGUGGAGCUUUUCUCAGUUUAUUUACAGUAAUGACCUGGGUGGGUUAAGGCAGAUUUUUCUAAUGAUUACCACCAGCAGUGACUGAAGAAUGACCCACUUUUUUUAUUUUAAAGACCGCACAUUGAAAUCACUGUUGGAAAACACUAAACUCAGGUACCAAAGAGUUAAAAUCAUUGUAUUAUGUCCUUAUUAAAUAUUUAAAAUGCAGACAUGAGAAGCUCAUAUGUGCUCCUGAUAGCACGUGUGGUGUUGCACUUCAUGUUUGAUUGGACUUAUUUAUUUAUUAAGUCAAUUUAUGAGAGCAGAAAAAAAACAAAAAACUUUUAGGUGCAACUGUAGCGUAGCACGGGGGGUCCAGGGUAACCUGGAGUGAAAAAAUGAAAAAUCUUUACAAAUCUGCACCGUCUGAUGUAUUUUUGAGGCAUUUCUUGAUUAACCUCAUUUCAGGAUAUUUGUUUGUGUAAAGUUUUUGAUAUUGAACCUUACACUGUGUCCUGGGUGUACUACAGUUCAGGAUUUACAGAGUGAUCAUGUGUUGUAAUGUAGCUGCUCACUCUGUGGACUUUUGUGAUUUCACUGUUUUGUGAAUGUAAAAAAGACCCAAAGUGCCAAAAUGAUCUCGAUCUGCUGUUUAGUCACAGCUAAGAGAAAUAAAGUUUGUUUUUUUGUCAGUAGCAUGAAGUGAUUGUCUUAUGUAUAUGGGGCUUGUUAAGUAUGUUGCAUUUAGUUUCUAAGGGCUUUUUGUGUGGGUGGAUGAGGUUUUUGUUUUUUUCCUUCUUCGAACAAAGAAAUGUAAGGAAAAAAAAGCUUUUCUUCCCCCUCCGCCAUGUUGUAGGCAUAGGCCGUACAAAAAGAUGCACAUAGCUUCCAGAUGAAAAGUAAAGCCAACAUUUAUGCUUUAAACGUUGUUAUUAAUGGGCAUCAGAGGGCAGCCUGUGUGGUUGCAAAAGACUUAAAAGUCCUGUAGAAGCUUGUGGGAAAUGGCCCUGACCUCAGUAAGCCCAUCAGUGAUGAGAUUAUGAGCUCAGUCACUAGUUUUCAGUCAUAUUAAACAGAACAUUGUGUUUAAAUUUUGGUCAUUCUGAGUCAGAUUAUCCAGCAUACACGGUGGCUUUAUCCAUUAUAUUGUCUGUGGUUGUACAUAAUGUAAUAAAAGCUAUAAUGGUUAUAAUGUGUUUUUUUUUUUUUGUUUUUUUUAACCAUGUCAUUUUAGUUGUGAGUUUAAAAUUAAAAUCAAUUGUGUGAAGU